AUGUGGAUAGCAAUGAUACAGAAAGCAAAGGUCCUCUGCCGGGGUCGGUACGUAAAUGCCGUCAAAUGUAGAUCAAACGCGUCCAGCUGUGGCGUUUCAGGGAGAAAGUGGACGAGACCCAGCGGGUUCGACACCGGUUUAAAAACCUUCAACAGCCUUACCAAACAGAAAGAGCCCCUCGUUCUAACGAGAGAGGGAACAGCCACCUGGUACAGCUGUGGACCAACAGUGUACGACCACGCGCACUUGGGCCACGCAUGUUCUUAUGUCAGGUUUGACAUCCUGCAGAGGAUUCUGUCAAAGGUGUUUGGGAUAACUGUCAUCCACGCCAUGGUCAUCACAGACAUUGAUGAUAAAAUAAUCAAAAGGAGUAGGGAGGAGAAUGUUUCCCCAGCUGUCAUUGCCAGGUUUUAUGAGGAUGAAUUCAAGAAGGAUAUGUUGUCAUUGAAGGUGAUUCCUCCGGCGGUGUAUUUAAGAGUCACGGAGAACGUGCAUCAUAUUGUUGCCUUUAUAGAAGGGAUCAUCAAAAAUGGACACGCUUAUGCCACAAAAGAAGGUGAUGUUUAUUUUGAUGUCCAGUCCAUUGGGGACAAUUAUGGCAAGUUUGUUGGAGCUACGAGUUUUGAAGGAGAUCCCGGCAGCUCCAACAAACGAGACCUGAGGGAUUUCGCUCUUUGGAAGCCGUCGAAACCUCAGGAGCCGCACUGGGAUUCUCCGUGGGGCAAAGGAAGGCCCGGCUGGCACAUCGAAUGCUCCACAGUCGCAAGCUCCGUGUUUGGCAGUCAGCUGGAUAUUCACUCCGGGGGGGUGGACCUGGCCUUCCCCCACCACGAGAACGAGAUUGCUCAGAGUGAAGCGUACCAUCAGUGCAGUCAGUGGGGCAACUACUUUCUCCACUCAGGUCAUCUCCACCUAAAGGGCAGCACGGAGAAAAUGUCCAAAUCGUUGAAGAACUACAUCACCAUAAAGAUCAGGUGGGUGGCCAUAGACUACAGCGACGGCAGCAUGUCGGAGGCCCGGACCUCUCUGGAAACGCUGGUCACCUUCGCGGGGACCGCCCGGGCGUACAUGGGGGGGCAGCUGCUGUGCUCGCCCGUGCAGGAGGACCUCCUGUGGGAAAGGCUGGUCGAGGCUAAAUCUCAGGUGACCAAAGCUCUGGCGGACGACUUCGACACGCCCAGAGCCGUGGGCGCCCUGAUGAAUCUGGUCCACCACGGGAAUCGCCAACUCCAGCCCGUCUCUACCGGCGACGGAGGCACUCGGAGCCCCGCCGUGUUCGGAGCCAUCGUGGCCUACGUCCGAGAGGUCCUGGACCAGGGGGCCGACGUCCUGAGCAGUUCCGGAAGCCUGCCGGCCGUCGUGGAGUGCCUGGCCGGCUUCAGAAGCGCAGUCCGAGCGUUCGCGCUUGCCCGUCCGGACGCCGAUUGCCCAAACGGGCCGCGGCUCCACCCCGACCGUCUCCCGCUGCUCCAGGCCUGCGACGCCCUCCGAGACGACCUGGCUCCUCUGGGCGUGCUGAUCAAGGACAGAGGAACCACCUCCACGUGGGAGAUAAAGUCCAGUCAGAGAGGACACAAAGUCCAGGAGGACCAGGAAACAUGA